AUGGGCUUAUGGGCUUAUGGGCUUAUGAGCUUAUGGGCUUAUAUGAUUAUGGGCGUGUGGGCUUAUGGGCUUAGGGGCUUAUGGGCUUAUGGGCUUAUGGACUUAUGGGCUUAUGGAAUGGCCACCAUCAAGUACAUUUUUGCACAGAGUCGAGCAAGAAUGCGACGUCGUCUGACUUUUAUGAUCAAAUCCCAUACCGGCAUCUCCAUUGAGAACUUGGAAGACAAAAUGUGGUGUUUCCCGGAGUAUCGGGUUCUUCGAUACUAUCGUUACCAGACGAAGGACCUGGAGACACGGCUAAGAAGAGAUCAACUCACUGAUAAGGCUGGCAAACACAUUGAGAUAUACUUGGACGAUGAAGACGAGGCUUUUGACGUUGAGCAUUAUGUAGAGCCAGUUGAAGUUGAGGAAGUGCAGAUUUUGGAUCAGCAGGGAGAACCAGUUGGCCGUGAUGAUGACAGUAGUUCCGUGGAAAAUCGGACGCCGCCAAGGGCACAGAAUGGCCAGAAUGGGCACGUUCCAACGAUGCCUUCUAGGAAAAGACGUCCUGCAGAAGACGUCUUCGACCAAUCGGGACCACUGCUGCCACCGAAUUUUUCUCCGAAUCCGAGAUCAGCGCCGGCGUGGAAUUUUCAGCAACGGCCUGGGCCAUCUAAUAGCCAAGCUAAUUGCCAGCCGACUACCCAAAAUCACCAGAAUAAUUGGUCACAGCAACGGCCCGGUCCAUUUUAUCCUCAGCCGACUAAUCAGAAUCAACCGAAAAUUCGGCAACAGAAUCCGGCGAAUCUGCCUCCCAUGAAUAGGCCACCGCCAGGAUAUGUCCCAGCAGACCAACAGCAUCCACGAGCUCCUCCAGCUCCUCAACAUAGAUCUCAAUUGGCUCAGCAUAUUAAUCUUCAUCAACAGCAGCAACAACAACACCAACGUGCUGCUCAUCACCAGAGGCCUCAACAAGGCCCAUCGGGACCACAAAGACCAUCCGGACUACAAGGACCGUCUGGACCACAGCCAGUCUCACAAAUGGAACAGGCGUAUCAGAAUAAUCUCCAUCAACAGCACCAGCAACAACGUGCUACUCAACAAAGGUCUUCUGGACCACAAGGACCACAGGGACCACAGCCGCCUCCACAAAUACCCCAAGGGCAUCAGAUUCCAUCUGGACCUCCUCAACAAUCACCUCAACCUGCUCCUCAACUAGCUCCUCGACCUCAAUUGGCCGAAUUUACUCUAGAAAUGGAUCAAGUUUGGCGCAAAUUCUACCAUAUCGUAACCCAGUCCCCUGAGAAAUUGGAUUUAAUUCGUAGAAAUGUGAAUCAGACAGUCUGUUUAUUAGACGGCGAUAUGCCACCAAAUUGUACGCAUUUUCAGCUUUUUGAGAAAUUGAAUUCCCUUUUUCCCAGCAAAAAUCGGUCAGUUUUAGUUGAAAAAUAA